AGAGAGAAUGGAUUUUUUGGAAGGAAAUAAACAGAGCAGCCUGGAAAUCGACCUUUCCGUCACCAGUUUUGGCAUCCAGGGAUAGUACCUCUCCCGUGUCUCUGCAUGAGGGGGCAGCAGCGCUUGGACUCCAGUUUAACGGGUGAGAAACACAGGACCACGGGUAGAACCGAAGGGUAACAAAGACUAAAUACCAUCCGAAACAAGUCAAACUGGACGUUAUUAUCCGUUCAGCACCAGAUAAAUUGUUGUGCUCUUGACUGGUGGUAACCAUGAGACAAGCAGAGCGGCAGGGUCCGAUGUUUUGGUUCGAGUCCAGCCGCCUACAACCACCAAGCUAAAAGCAACAAAAGACAAGCAUGCAGUCAAUGGGAAUCCCACUGUGGAGCCGUUUCCAGAAGGCAUGGAAACCAUCAUGUUUGGCUUGGGCUGUUUCUGGGGAGCCGAGAGACUCUUCUGGCGUCUUCCAGGAGUCUUCUCCACUCAGGUGGGCUACGCCGCUGGCUUCACCCCCAACCCCAGUUACCAAGAGGUCUGCUCAGGUCUGACUGGUCACACUGAGGUGGUCAGGGUGGUCUUCUCCCCCAAAGACAUCAGCCUCGAGGAACUCCUCAAACACUUUUGGGAGAACCACGAUCCUACACAAGGUAUGAGACAGCAGAACGACAGAGGGACUCAGUACCGCUCAGCCAUUUACACAUCCAACCCCACUCAACAGGAGCUGGCUUUGAAGAGCAGAGUGGCCUUCCAGCAGGAGCUGGAUAAGAAAAACUACAGUGGCAUCACCACGGAGAUCAUGGAGGGGCAGACGUUCUACUACGCUGAGGACUACCACCAGCAGUACCUGAAGAAGAACCCUAAGGGUUACUGUGGCCUCAAAGGAACCGGAGUCUCCUGUCCCAUCGGAGCCGGCAAGGACGAGCUGUGAGGGAGGAGUGGUGAGACAUGAAGGAAGGGUUUAUGAAGGCUGUUAUUUUUUCAUUUAUCAUACUUAAUCUUUCAUUUUAAAAAUAUGUUAUACGCUAGUUAAGUAUAUCUGCUCCAAGUAUCUUUAAGUAUUUUAUAUUCAAAUAUGUUACUUAGCCUCUGUUAGCUAUGGAGAACAAUAUAGAAUCAGAUUCAGCUUUAAUGGCCAAGUAUGUGUUAGAUUACACAUAAUAGGAAUUUUAUUUGUUUUUGUUGUUAUAUGUACAAAAAUAGACAUACAGCUAAACACAAGCACACCAAGCUAGACAAAGAUAUCACCUUUUAACUACCACCUACAGAUAUAAAUAUACAGUCAUGGAAAAAAUGAUUAGACCGCCCUUGCUGAUAUCUAGACAUUUCCCAUGGUUUUCUUGAUAAUGAUUUUGGUUAUUAUCAAGAAAACCAUGGAAAAUGUCUAGAUAUCAGCUCUUAAAUUAAACUACUAUGAGGUAUUUUUGUUGUUAUCAUUAUAUUUGUCCCAACAAAUGUACCUUUAGUUGUACCAGCCAUUAAAAUGAACAAGAAAUUGAAGAAAACACUGGUCCAAUCAUUUUUUCCAUGACUGUAUAUAUAUAAAACUAUAUAUAUUUUAUAUGUAUAUUAAAACCAGACUGUAAGAGAGCUUUCUCUGUAGCAUCUGUGAAUCAUAAAUUUUAUAGCACCUAAAAUGCAGUACCAAGAGUAUUAAGAAGACAAUAUGAAUGGAAAUGGGGUUAAACUUGAAGUUUUAGUGCAGCUUUAGCAGCAAAAAAAAAAGGAUGGGUUAAAUGCAGAGGUUAAAUUUCCCCAUUGUGGGAUUAAUGAAGGAUAAAUCUUAAUCUUAAUCUGUAUCAUGUUGGACUGCAGCAACAGUCAACGUCCACAAGGUGGCAGUGUUUCUCAAAGAACAAAGUAGAGCCCCUGUAGAGAGUUUCUAUUUCUUCCCCUUUAAUACAACAUAGUUGUAGCUGAGAAACCAUGAGAAACUUUGUCUUCCAGAGUCAGUUGAUUGGAAGAAAAUCAACCAGCCUUAAUGCUUUUACUAUCCAGGAGCCUUUUUAUGCAUUUUAAAGCCAGAACACGAUAACCAUGUUCACACUUUACUGUUUACUGAGUAGCAAUUUGUCAGGUUUCUGAAAUGCAUAUUUUAAUAUAAUCAAAAGCUUUGUAACCGUUUGAAUUUUAAUGGGUCUUAUUUUUGUAUUUCACUAUGAAUAACUAAUGUGAAGGAACUUUACUAUAUCAAGACUGAACUAAGCAAUAAAACACAUGUAAACUUCUGUCA